UGUCAAAGAAUUAAGUGGUACAUUGAUAAUUCAUCCCUGAAUAACUCAUAAAAACAGCCCCUGCAGCUUAUUAAAAAUAUAUAAAAAAUUGGGCUUUUUGUACAUUCCGGCAAAUAGGAUGUGCCUGGUAACCAAUCGGACAGAGAGGGGUGUGUGUAUGUAUGAUGUGAUAGAUGGGAUAUAUUUCUCACUGUUAGGAAGGUUCCCGACAGAACAAUGUGGGUGAGGACUAGGAAACAGUUACCAAGAGACUGUACCUUUCGAAAAACAAAACUUGGGAUGCAAGCUAACCAGGAUAAAGGGAUAUUACUGUAGUGUAACUUUUGGAUGUUAGUCUGUUUGUGAGAGGAAUAAAGCCAGCAAAGCACUUAAGGCAAGACAGGUUUGGGGUCUUUUAAAACGAAUGGUGGGUUAUGAUCAGGAUAUCCUUUGACAACUCUCAGAACUUUUCCUCGGGUGAAGCCCAGCUCUGUCGCCAUGCCUUCUCCACAGAGAUUCAUUGUGGCUUCAACAUCGUUGCCCAUAAAGGUGGACUGGGAUUUGAACAUCCUCAUCUACAUGACAAUUUUCAUUGCCCUGCUGCUGCUGCUUGUGCUGCUGCUCAUCCUGGUGAUAAAGCAGCUUAGAAACUCAGUGGCAGCUGUCGCUUUGCAGCCGAGAAGCCACUCUUUUGGAGUGAAUGUUGUGAGCUGAAUGUUCCAGCUGAGCUUCAGUAUCCUCGCUACCUGGGUUUGAUGAAAGACACGUCUCGAGGAAGGUGUAUUGUGUUACAGUUAACUGGAUUGUGGUCCACACCCUGCUGUUCUAUAGAAACUGUAAUUACUGUAGAAAUUACUGUAACUUGUUUCAGCAUUUUGCAUUAAAGGAGAAAUAAAGACUUGUUGCAUUUUGAAAAACAGUUAUUGGUAAAUAUAGUCACAAAUCUUGAAUAAAUCCUGAAACAUGAACUAAUUUUCUUCUGCUUCAGUCUAUCAGCUGUGCCUAAUCAUUUUGACUAAAAUUAUUUCAGCUUUGCUUUGCUAGAUGACAUCAGACUUAUUCAACUAGUGCAUGUAUAUUCUGGGCAAACCCUUUCAAAUCCCUUUAGAAACUGGCAAUUUGGUUAUCAUGUGAUGCUAUUAGCUGCUGCUGGCUAUAUAUUUUACUAUAAUUCUAUUGUCCCUACUUUAGUUCCUCUUAUAAAACAUAUUGACAUUAAAUGCCAUAUUCUAUAGUAAAUUCUAAAUGUAUAUCAGUAAUUUGUUGUGAACUGCAAUAAAGUGUUGUAUACAGUGAGCAGCAUGUUAAACAUUAAAAAGUGAAAAGAAAGUUACUGUUUGAUCUCAUAGGACAAGUAUAAAACUGUAAUACAUCCUAUGGGUAUAUUUUGUGAGAAAUGCUGUUUUUAAUACUGCUGUAAAGGAUCUUUAAUAUUACACAUAAGUAAAGGUUACAGUAAAUACUGUAAUUGUCAUACAAUUUUGUAUUACCUGGAUUCUGAGAUAAUAAAUUAGGGGGACUGAUUUUUGGUAGGUAGUAUAUAAAAAUAUAGGUUAAAAUGUAAGAUUUUUAAAAGGGGU